ACUAGUUCAAAGAAUGCCUGACUCUUACACCUACGAAGAGGUAUUUCGCCAGCCAUGACUUCACGAGUAAACAAGGAUAACACAUUGGCAGUCCGGUUCGAGUGACUACUAUUACGACCCGAACUCAGCCUGGCACAGCACCCGCUUGCCGGACUAUGACCUUGAUGGCCAGAACGUAGCCGCGAGGAGUGACAUAGCUCAAUCAACUCGAGAUCACGAUGGCAGCCCAGACCCAGACGGCCCAGAAUAUCCAUGGCCAGAAUGUCCCUACGGAGCACGGCAGCUCGAUUACGCCUGGGCAAGCGGUACUGGACAGGCCUCGGAAGUCUUCCCAGCCCAAGAGUUCUCUUAUCCACAAGGAGACACUCAACCUAUGAGCUCGAUGCCGGAACCGCACCUUCGUAUCCAAGCUUCAGCGCCGCUUCCCGAACCUAUCCGACUUGGGAUGUUGCAAGAUCUGUGGCGCAGACGCCACAGCAUCCAGCCUUGGAUGUAGCCACAUCUGAGAGUAUAGAAAACGCGUACCAUCACCACCAAAUACCCGGCUGGAAUGUGCCCCAUAUGGGCGCGGAGUACAUCGAAGACGCUGAAGACGACAUUGGCGUAGACUACCAGGGCGAUGAAGACUAUGAUUUCACCACAGCUUUUGGAUCCGAUUUGCUUUCUAGCUAUGCUAACGACGCUGUAUCAUACUCGAUGUACUUUCCACCAGUUCCAUCCGCAGACAACUCUACUCUGGGUACUUACACUUACACGCACCCGGAAAAUAACCUAUCGCCGUACCCUCAAUGGCCCCAGCCCGCAACGAGCUCUCCCGUACCCAAUCAAACUGAAACCACCAACCCGGACACAGACGCCACACCAACGCGCACGCGCCCUCGACCUCCCUUACGACCGCCCUCUCCAUCCUCCGGCCCCAGCAACGACACCAGCCUCAACGCCAACGCCCCCACCAGCCCCCCUCGUCUAAACAGAAACCCCCGCGGCCCGCCCUACAGCUGCCCCAACCCCACCUGCGCCUCAACAACGCAGUUCGCACGGCACGCAGACCUAAUGCGACACGCGCAAACAGUGCACAGGCGCGACGGCGCGCUGCUGCUCGAUUGUCCGCGCCGGAACUGCGUACGACGCGGCGCGAACGGCUUUUCGCGCCGCGAUCACUUGCGCGAGCAUCUCCGCGCUUGGCAUAUGGUUGAUAUUCCGAAGCGGGGGACGAGGAGUCGGGGGGUCGUGGGUGGGGGGAGGGGGAGGGGGAGGGGAAGGUGGGUGUAGUGUUGUGCAGGAAGGGUGGGAGGGGUAGAGAGGAGGGGUAGGUGUUGCGUGCAUGGCACCUUGGUGAGAGGUACGCUGCAGGUGUGAGUGUGUCAUGUCACUCCAGUGUAAGAAGAUUAUCCAUUGUAUAUGAGUAUGUAGACAGAAUUGCAAUGUCCUUAAAGCACUCGCUACAAACCACUUCUUUGCUUGAUAUAAAUCCGCGCUCGUAGUCAACAGCAUAUAUCUAAGUCCUGUUCCUCUACUCAGCCAGCCCACCACUGCCCACUCCCGCGAUGUCAGAAUAUAAAUUGAAGUCCGGCAUACAAACCCAUCAAAAACGAC